AUGCCCGACGUCUUCACCGUUCCGGUGUUUUUCAUCGUCUUCAGAGAGACAUUGGAGACCACCAUUGUCGUCUCGGUUCUGCUGUCCUUCCUCAAGCAGCAGCUGGGCCCCGAUCAAGACAGGACUGUCUAUAAGAAGUUGCGGAACCAGGUCUGGUACGGCACCCUCAUAGGGUUCGUGAUAUGUCUGAUCAUCGGUUGUGGUAUGAUCGGCGCCUUCUAUGGCAUUGGGAGUGACGCCUGGGGGAACGCCGAGGCCCUCUGGGAGGGUAUCUUUGCGCUCAUUGCCUCCAUCAUCAUCGCAAUCAUGGGUGCUGCUCUUCUGCGCGUGUCCAAGAUGCAGGCCAAAUGGCGAGUCAAGCUUGCAAAAGCUCUUGAGGCCAAGGACAACAAGCACGGCAAGCUCGGCACUCGCAUCAAGGAUUGGGCUCAGAAGUAUGCCAUGUUCCUCCUCCCUUUCAUCACCAUUCUGCGUGAGGGGAUUGAGGCCAUCGUCUUCAUCGGAGGUGUGAGUCUCGGCGUCUCGGCCAGCUCGAUCCCGUUACCCACCGUCUGUGGUCUCGCGGCUGGCUGCUUGGUUGGCUUCAUCAUCUACAAGGGCGGCAACAUGGCUCCCCUGCAGUUCUUCCUCAUUGCCAGCACCUGCUUCCUGUAUCUUGUCGCGGCCGGCCUCUUUUCUCGGGCCGUCUGGUAUUUCGAGCAACACGAAUUCAACAAGGCCAGCGGUGGUGACGCUGCCGAGAACGGUUCUGGCCCCGGGUCAUAUGAUAUCCGGUCCAGUGUCUGGCACGUCAACUGCUGCAACCCGGUGCUGAAUGGCGGCGGUGGCUGGGGUAUCUUCAACGCCCUUUUGGGCUGGCAGAACAGCGCCACCUACGGCAGCGUCAUCAGUUACAACGUCUUCUGGAUCGUCGUCAUUCUGGGCUUCGUCUUGUUGAGGUUCAAGGAGACCAGGGGACACUGGCCCUUUGUGAAGUCCAAGGCUCCAAACGUCGCAGUCACUGAUGAAAGAUACAGUGACGGCGAGUCGAGCGGCUUUGGUGCGUCCGAGAAGAAGGUCGUCAUAGGCGCCAAGCCCACCGCAGUCGAUAGCCACGCUUGA